AUGGCCUUCAGUACAUCGGGUUUAGAUGCUCUUCUGCGUCGUCCAGAGCAGGAAAGCAUCUGGAGACGCUUGCUGAGGGCCCCGGUGCCUGUAAUUGCGGAACUUGUUUACACCCGAUUCGCUCAGACGCCCUCGUCCAUGCCCACCGCUUCACCCAUCCGCGUGGUUUGCAUCUCAGACACUCACAACACUCAGCCUCAACUGCCUGACGGGGAUAUCCUCAUCCAUGCUGGUGAUCUCACCCAGUCUGGUACUCAUGCAGAGCUAGAAGCACAGAUUGAAUGGCUCAAUCGCCAGCCCCAUCGCUUCAAGGUGGCGAUCGCGGGGAAUCACGAGCUAUGUCUGGAUCCCAAGGCUCAAGCUCAAGCACCUGGUCGCAAGGAGCCAGUCGACUGGAAAUCAAUCCUGUAUCUAGAGAACUCACCGACAAUCCUCGACUUUGGUUACAGACGCGUCAACGUGUUUGGGUCCCCGUACACCCCACGGCACGGGAACUGGGCUUUCCAGUAUCCACGUAAUGAGAAUAUCUGGGACGAGAUACGGAUCCCGGAUGACAUUGAUAUUCUGAUUACACACGGCCCCGCGAAGACACAUUUAGAUCUGGGACGAUAUGGCUGUGAAUUCCUUCGGGAGUGGUUAUGGUCGAUGAGGCGAAGGCCUUUGCUACAUGUGUUCGGUCAUAUUCAUGGGGCUUAUGGGAAGGAGACUCUGUGCUGGGAUGAGUUUCAACGAGCCUAUGAGAGCAUCAUGGAUAAUAAGGCAAAGUGGAUGCAUCUGAUCAUUUUACUGUGGCAUGCACUUCUACUGCUUAUACUCCCGAGAGAUCCUUGUGGAAGGACUUUUAUGGUUAAUGCCGCAGCAGUCGGGGGACUCCGCGAUGAAAAGAGACGGGACGCUAUCUGUGUUGAUAUCUAA